UGCGGUUCCUGCGGACGCCGCUGCGGCGACGAGGAGACCUGCUGCUGCGGCGCCUGGUAUGUCAUCUUCCCUGAAGGCGAUGGAGCGGGCCACUCCCUGGCCUCCCGGCCUGGCCCCGAUGGCCUGCUGCUGCUCCCGGGCGACCCUGCAGAAGUGGCUGCCCAUCCUGGCCUGGCUGCCCAGCUACUCCAUGCAGUGGCUGAAGAUGGACUUCAUCGCGGGGCUCUCGGUCGGACUCACAGUCAUCCCCCAGGCGCUGGCCUACGCUGAGGUGGCCGGGCUCCCCGCCCAGUACGGCCUGUACUCCGCCUUCAUGGGGUGCUUUGUGUAUUUCUUCCUGGGCACCUCCCGGGACGUGACGCUGGGCCCCACGGCCAUCAUGUCUCUCUUGGUCUCCUCCUACACCUUCCACGAGCCCGCCUACGCUGUGCUGCUGGCCUUCCUGUCCGGCUGCAUCCAGCUAGCCAUGGGUUUCCUGGGCCUGGGGAUCCUGCUGGACUUCAUCUCCUGCCCCGUCAUCAAAGGUUUCACCUCCGCUGCCGCCAUCACCAUCGGCUUCGGGCAGAUCAAGAACCUGCUGGGACUGCAGCACAUCCCCAGACAGUUUUUCCUGCAAGUGUAUUACACCUUCCGCAACAUCGGGGAGACCAGGGCCGGCGAUGUCGUGCUGGGGAUGGUGUGCAUGCUGCUGCUGGUCAUGCUGAAGAUGAUGCGGGAACACGUGCCUCCUGCGCAUCCCGACAUGCCCCCCGGCGUGCGGGUCAGCUGCGGGCUGGUCUGGACCGCCACGACAGCUCGGAACGCCCUGGUGGUCGCCUUUGCUGCGCUGAUCGCCUACUCCUUCGAGGUGACCGGAUGCCAGCCUUUCCUCCUCACUGGGAAGAUAGUCGAGGGGCUCCCGCCCCUGCAGAGCCCCCCCUUCUCGUUGUCCACUCCCAACGGGACGGUCUCCUUCACUGAGAUGGUCCAGGACAUGGGGGCCGGGCUGGCUGUGGUGCCCCUGAUGGGUCUCCUGGAGAGCAUCGCGGUGGCCAGGUCCUUUGCGUCUCAAAACAACUACCGCAUCGAUGCCAACCAGGAGCUGCUGUCCAUCGGCCUGACCAACAUGCUGGGCUCCUUUUUCUCGUCCUUCCCGGUCACCGGCAGCUUCGGACGGACGGCCGUGAACGCCCAGUCGGGGGUGUGCACCCCAGCGGGGGGCCUGGUGACAGGCGCGCUGGUGCUGCUGUCGCUGGACUACCUGACCUCCGUCUUCUACUUCAUCCCCAAGGCCGCGCUGGCGGCGGUCAUCAUCACUGCCGUGGCCCCGCUGCUCGACACCUCCAUCGUGGGGACGCUCUGGCGCGUGAGGAGGCUGGACUUGCUGCCCCUGGGCGUGACCUUCCUGCUCUGCUUCUGGGAGGUGCAGUACGGCAUCCUGGCUGGGACCCUCGUGUCCGCGCUGACUCUUCUGUACUCGGCGGCCAGACCCGAGGUUCAGGUGUUAGAGGGAGAGGGGCCGGUGCUGGUCCUGCAGCCGGCCAGCGGCCUGCACUUCCCCGCCGCCGAGGCCCUCCGGAAGGCGGUGGUGAGCAGGGCUCUGGAAGCGUCGCCGCCGCGCUGCGCCAUCCUGGAGUGCAGCCGCGUCUGCAGCAUCGACUACACUGUGGUGCUGGGGCUUGGGGAGCUGCUGGAGGACUUCUACCGGGAGGGCGUCGCCCUGGCCUUCGUGGGCCUGCAGGGGCCCGUCCUCCAAGUCCUGCUCGCUGCCGACCUGAAGGGCUUCUGGCACUUCCCCAGCCUGGAAGCGGCAGAGAAGUACCUGAGCCAGGAACCGGGGACCCAGCCCUACAACAUCAGCGACGAUUCUGUCCCGGAACACAGGGUCGCCCUGCUGAAGGCCUGACUCGCCACCCUGGGGACGCUGACGUUGGGAGAGUUCCGCAGGAGGUCCUGGUCUUUGUCCUUGUGCUUGUGAGGGCGGGCGCCGGGCCGGCUGGAGGGUCUGAGACAGCCGGAGCGGGGGUCCCCCCGGAGAAGGGAGGAAACCAGGCG